UCUACAUCUCCUUCUCCUUUCCUUGCAAGUUUUCAUCAGUUUAACAUUUGUUUAUUUAAUCUCUAAGAUUUUAAGCGAUGCUCAUCGUGUAUUUCUCGCUACCAUUGUUCAUUUUCAUGGUGUUCCUGGCCAUUGGUGGUUGUGUAGGAUGCUUCUACAUGGGUCAAAAUCAAGGGAUAACUAAAGUCGGCGGUGGAACCGGUGGCCCGACAAUGCCAACCGCACCACAAGCCAAUCAAGGUUACAAUGCUGGAGCUCAACCUUACCCUCCUACGGCGUGUGCUGUCUAAUCAUUCUGUUAGUUCCAUGUGCGAUUAAAGAAUUAUUACAAACGGACAUUGUCGUUCUUUUCUCUUGUCUUUUGUUCUGCAUGUGGUUUGAUUACAUUUUUAUGAUUACUUCAGCUUGAUCAUUAAAGUUUAGUUCACAAU